AUGAGCUCUGUCUGCACUGCCGUCUCUGAAUUUGGUUGGGACCUUUUCAAGGAAAUAAGCAAGGAUGGUGCUCAGAAGAAUAUCUUCUUAUCUCCGUUUAGCAUCUCUGCAGCUCUGGCCAUGGUUGCAUAUGGUGCCAGAGGCAACACUGAAGCCCAAAUUGAGAAGACAACUACAGACUCUCAGUGUGAUCGACCUGGAGGCAUUCAUUCCCAGUUCCGAGCUUUAUUAUCACAACUCAACAAACCCUCCAGUGAAUACGAGCUAAGUAUUGCUAACAGACUGUAUGGAUCCAUGAGCUUUCCCUUUGUGCAGAAAUUCUUACAUUGCAUAAAAGAAUUGUACCAUGCUGAAUUGGAGAGCGUUGAUUUUAAAAACAAGAUUGAACAAACUAGAGAGCAGAUUAACGCCUGGGUUGCAAAUAAAACACACGAUAAAAUCAAGGACCUUUUCCCACGUGGUUCUCUUGAUCAUUCGACUGUUCUGGUGCUAGUGAAUGCCAUCUAUUUCAAAGGACAGUGGUCAUCCAGAUUUAAGAAAGAGAAUACCAAAGAAGCACCUUUUAGAGUGAAUCAGAAUGUGAGCAAAAAUGUACCAAUGAUGUUUCAGAGUGGACGUUUUAAAUAUGCUGCCAUACAAGAACCACCUCUGCAACUGCUUGAGCUUCCCUAUGUUGGUAAAAACCUAAGUAUGAUUAUCUUGCUCCCCAGGGACUCUACUGGCCAUGAGAAGCUUGCAAGUUUUCUUACCAGCAAGAACAUUGGAGAGUGGCUAUCAAGCAUGUAUUUCCAGGAGGUGAAUGUGUAUCUACCCAAGUUUAAACUAGAAGAGAAAUAUUACCUCAAAUCAACAUUGGCAUCAAUGGGAAUGACUGCUCCUUUUGAACAAAGAGCUGAUUUAUCUGGAAUAUCAGAGAAACAAGGCCUGGUUGUAUCCAGGGUUAUACAUCAGUCCUUUGUGGAAGUCAAUGAGGAGGGCACAGAAGCAGCAGCUGCCACAGGUGUCGGAGUUAAGGCAACUAGUGCACAAAUUCCUGUGGUUGUUAAGGCUGAUGUUCCAUUCAUUUUCAUUAUAUUUCACAAUGUAUUCAAGUGCCCCCUCUUCAUUGGCAAAUACACAUCACCUUAA